AUGGCUUACGUGAACGAGCCCAUCGCUGUGAUUGGUAGUGGCUGCCGCUUCCCCGGUGGUUCUUCCUCGCCAUCGAAACUCUGGGACUUGAUGAAAUCGCCGCGGGACGUCGCUAGCAAGAUCGACCGGUUCAGUGCCGAGGGUUUCUACCACAAGGACGGCAGCCACCAUGGCACUAGCAACGUGCUGCACUCUUACCAAAUUGAGGAGGACACCCGCGAGUUCGAUGCCCAGUUCUUCUCCAUCCCCGGCUCUGAGGCCGAGGGAAUCGACCCGCAGCAGCGAAUCCUGAUGGAAGUGGUUUAUGAGGCUCUGGAGGCUUCAGGCCACAAGAUCGAGGAGCUGUCUGGCUCCUCAACCGGCAUGUACGUCGGUGUGAUGUGUAACGACUAUGCGCAUAUUACCUACCACGAUCUCGAAUCUAUCCCCAAAUACGCCGCGACGGGAACUGCCUCGUCUAUUCUUUCUAACCGAAUCUCUUAUUUCUUCAACUGGACCGGUCCCUCCAUGACCAUCGACACCGCUUGCUCCUCCAGUCUUAUCGCGACACACCAAGCAGUUGAGCUGCUUAGAAAGGGUGAAUCCAACCUGGCCGUUGCUGCUGGAGCUAAUUUAAUUUUUGGACCCACCAACUUUGUGGCUGAGAGCAAUGUCAACAUGCUUUCCCCCACCGGCCGCAGCCGCAUGUGGGAUAACAAGGCGGACGGAUACGCACGCGGUGAGGGUGUCGCUGCGGUUAUUCUCAAGCGCCUGAGUGAUGCCAUUAGGGACGGUGACACUAUUGACUGUGUUAUUCGCGAGACCGGUGUGAACCAGGAUGGCCGGACCACUGGUAUCACUAUGCCAAGUAGCGUCGCCCAGGCCGAGUUGAUCCGCCAGACAUACGCUCGGGCUGGUCUCAACCCCCACACUGACCGCUGCCAGUACUUCGAGGCCCAUGGUACAGGUACCAAGGCUGGUGAUCCUCAGGAGGCUGGUGCGAUCUACCGCGCUUUCUUUGAAGGUAAUGACAACACCGACCCCAACGACAAGCUGUACGUUGGAUCCAUUAAAACUAUUAUUGGACAUACCGAGGGAACUGCUGGUAUUGCUGGUCUGCUUCGAGCCUCGCUCGCCAUGAAGCAUGGCUUCAUUCCUCCUAACAUGCUUUUCGAGGAACUCAACCCUGAUAUUGAGCCCUACUACGGUCGUCUCGAGAUUCUGAAGACUGCUCAACCUUGGCCCAAACUUCCCGCUGGUGUUCCCCGUCGAGCCAGUGUCAACAGCUUUGGAUUUGGCGGCGCUAAUGCCCACGCCAUUAUUGAGUCUUACGAACCCGAGACUCACAUCCAAGCUGUCACUCGAAGCUCUACCGUGGCAGUGCCCUUCCUAUUCUCUGCCAACUCGGAGAAGUCUUUGGUCAGCCAGAUUGAGACCUUCCUGUCUUACUCCGAGGGUCUUGAUGAGAAGAGCACUAACCUUCGCGAUCUGGCCUGGACUCUUUCGCGCCGAUCGACGUUCCCCAUGCGUGCGCCCUUUUCGGCUCUCACUCUGGAGACUCUUCGCAGCAAGCUGACUGCCGCCCUCGAGACCAAGAAGACCGACGGAACCGCCCUUGGUGUGCGUCCUGCCCACAAGACGAAUACCAUCCUAGGUGUCUUCACCGGUCAGGGUGCCCAGUGGCCCCGUAUGGGCUACCACCUUGUCGAGGCUUCUCCAUUUGCUGCCUCCCUGAUGAAAUCCCUGGAUGCUUCUCUCCAAUCCCUACCUGAGCAGGACCGUCCCAGCUGGUCUCUCCAGGAUGAGCUUGCCAAGUCCGCCGACGGCUCCCGUGUCAUGGAAGGGACCUACUCUCAGCCCCUGUGUGCUGCCGUGCAGAUCAUUCUCGUUGAGUUGCUUAAACAGGCUGGCAUCACAUUCGAUGUUGUUGUCGGCCACUCGAGUGGAGAAAUCGGUGCUGCCUUUGCCGCCGGCUUCCUGAGUGCCCAAGAUGCCAUCCGCAUUGCCUACUACCGUGGUCUCUUUGGUAAGCUUGCUGCUGCUCCCAAUGGAUCGGCUGGUACGAUGUUGGCUGUUGGUACCUCGAUGGAGGAUGCCAACGAGCUUUGCAAGCUCUCGACGAUGAAGCGAUUCGGGCAGUUCAAUGUGGCAGCUAGCAACUCCUCAUCCAGUGUUACCAUGUCUGGUGAUUUGACCGCCAUUGAGCGUGCAAAGUUCAUCUUUGAGGAUGAGAGCAAGUUUGUUCGCUCGCUCAAGGUCGACACCGCAUACCACUCUCACCACAUGCAACCCUGCUCUGAGCCAUACAUGGAAGCCAUGGCACGCGUCAAGGUUGCCAUCCAGGAGCCCAACCCUAACUGCAAGUGGUACUCCUCGGUUCUUGGUGGUGACCUGGUCACCAGUGACAUGAACGAGCAGCUUGCCGGCUCUUAUUGGAAGGACAACCUGUUGCAGCCUGUUCUGUUCUCCCAGGCUCUUGAGAGCGCCCUCGAGAAGAAUGGUGCCCCCGCCCUGGCUCUCGAGGUUGGCCCUCACCCUGCCCUGAAGGGCCCGGCUAGUAUGGUGAUUGAAGAGGCCCUGGGUACUACUGUACCCUACUCUGGUGUUCUUGGUCGCAAGUCGAAUGAUGUCGAAGCCUUCACCGACGCUAUCGGAGCUGUUUGGGCUAAUGUCGGCGGCUCUAAGGUGUCCUUCGGCUCCCUCGACGCCGCAUUUGCAGCCAAGGACUCUGCCGACAAGCCCGAGUUCUUGCGCACUCUGCCAGGCUACACCUGGGACCACAGCCAGACUUUCUGGGCUGAGUCCCGUAUCUCGAAGGCGAUGCGCAUGCGCCAGCAUGGCCACCACGAACUGCUAGGUGUUCGUAUGGAUAGUGGAGAGAAUGAGAUGCGCUGGCGGAAUUUCCUUAAGCCAACCGAGAUCACUUGGACCCGUGGUCACUCCAUUCAAGGACAGACCAUCUUUCCCGGUGCUGGAUUUGCUUCUAUGGCUAUUGAGGCAGCCAAGGAAUACGUGGAUGAUCUGGGUGAGACCAUGGACCUUGUGGAGCUUGAAAACCUGCGGAUUCACUGGGCCCUGGGCUUCUUAGAUGAGACCAUUGGCUCUGAGGUCACUGUGGCCAUUUGCAACAUUCAGCGGGAUGAGUCUGCUGACAUGAUUGAGUGCGAUUUCGUUUGCAGUGCUUGCCCUACCAAGGACGCAGCUUUGACGACCAUCUCUACUGCUCACCUUAAGCUCACUCUUGGAUACGGCUCUACAGAGACCCUCCCCUCUCGCCCUGCACCAAAUGAGGCUGACAAACUGACCGAACUUGACGCUGAUGUCUUCUACGACUCCCUGGCCAAGCUGGGCUACAACUAUGCCGAUAUGUUUAAGACUAUUACUAGCUUGAGCCGCAGGAAGCUGGCCUCGACCGGUGUCAUCCAUAGCGCCACUGAAGCAGAUUACAAGACCAACCUGAUCGUCCACCCUGCUCCUCUCGAUGUCGCCUUCCAGGGCUUGUUCGCCGCUAUUGGCUCUCCCGGUGAUGGCCAGCUCUGGACUCUGAUGGUUCCCACCAUCAUCCGCUCAAUCAAGGUCAACCCCUUCACUUGUAAUCAGACCGGCUGCCUCGACAAGGACUUGUCCUUCGAAGCCAAUGUGCAGGUUGAGCGUUCCUCUCAGCAGGUCGGUGGUGACAUUGAUGUGUAUGACGAUGCCGGCAACGCAAUGAUCCAGAUUGAAGGCUUGCAGGUUACUCCUGUCACCCAGAUCACUGCUCGCGAUGACGCUCAGAAGUUCUCUGACACUACCUGGGGCAAUGACAAGGCUGAUGCAGGCCGCGCUUACACCGAAUUCUGGAACUCGGAGUCUGAGAAGACCCGCUGGGAGGAGUCUUACUUCGUCGAGCGCACCUGCUUCUACUAUAUGAAGCAUUUACAUGAUGCCAUCAAGCCCGAGGAAAUCGAGGGUCUUGAGGAGCAAGCCAAGAAGUACCUCAACUGGGUCGCUUCAGUUGUUGGGAAGGUGGAGGCCGGGUCGCACCCUACCAUCAAGAAGGAGUGGCUGAACGAUACUUUCGAAAAGCUCGAGGGUCCCAUGUCUGAGUUCGCCCAGGAGCACGAGGAGCUGCACCACCUGAUGACCCUUGGAGACCAGCUUAUUCCCUUCAUUCGAGGAGAUGUUUCUCUUGUAGAGCUUUUCGAUGAUUUCGAGGUGAUUGACCGCAUCUAUCAGGACGGAUACGGAAUGCCCCAGUUCCACAGCUUCUUUGGUGACUUGAUUGAGCAGCUUACCUUCAAAGCCCGUCAAAUGGAUAUCCUUGAGGUCGGUGCCGGCUCUGGAUCCGCGACUGAAGCCAUCAUGAGCCGCAUUGACUACCACUAUGGCUCAUACACCUACACUGAUGUCUCCGCCUCAUUCUUCCCCGAAGCCCAAGAGCUCUUCAAGGAUCAGGAAGGAAAGAUGGUCUUCCGCACCUUUGAUAUGGAGGAGGAUGCUAUUGAGCAGGGAUUCCACGAGCGCAGCUACGAUCUUAUUGUCGCCUCCAACGUUCUCCACGUUUCUAAGAACAUUGAGGAAACCUUGAAGAACCUGCGCAAGCUUCUCAAGCCAGCUGGCUACCUCGCCCUCCUUGAGGUCACUGAUCUCGAUCACGUCCGCUCAUCAUUCUAUGCAGGCUCCAAGCCUGGCUGGUGGGCCGCUGAGGAUGGCCGUGAGCCCCAGCCUUUGCUCCCUCAGAGCGGUUGGAAUGCUGCCCUGAGAAACACUGGCUUCUCUGGUAUUGAGACUGCGACUCCCGAGACCCACAUGUUCACUGUGCCAUACAGUGUCAUGUUGAGUCAGGCCGUUGACUCUCAGAUCUCACUCCUGCGAGAGCCACUCAGCCCCGAGAAUACCGAUUCCAUCAAGCUGCCGAAGCUCCUCGUUAUUGCUGGUCAAACCGAGGCCACUGCUAAGCUGCAGAGUGAGAUUCUUGCACUUCUCGAGCCCUUCAACUCCGAGAUUCAAAUUGUUUCCCGCAUUGAGGAUUUGGAGGAGAGCCACUUCGAGCCCAAGCAGCUUGUUCUGAAUUUGAUGGAACUUGAUACAAACUUGUUCGGACCUCUCACUCCUGAGCGCUGGAGCGCCCUUCAGACUUUGACUGAGAACUCUCAAAACAUCCUCUGGCUGACUCACGGUGUUGGUGCUAAGAACCCUUACGCUAAUAUGAUUGUUGGUGUAUCCCGUGCUUUAGUUCACGAGAAGCCCGACUUGAAGAUCCAGGUGAUUGACUUUGCUGACGGCGAGCCCAUUGACACAAAGCUCGUUGCCAGCGAACUUGUGAAGCUGCACAUUGCUGGUGUCUGGAGAACCUGGGCUCAACCCUACGUCACUACCUGGGUUCUGGAGCGCGAGAUUCGCGUCGUGAAUGGAAAGGCCAGAGUUCCCCGUGUUGGGCCCUGCAAGGCUCUGGAUGCUCGCUACAACGCAUCUCGUCGCAAGAUCUACGAAGAAGUUGACCUCAAGAACUCUGUUGUCGCCAUUACCUCUAAGCAGGGUGUCUGCGAUGUACAGGAGGUGCGCAAGCCAUUCUGGGCCGUUGCUGAGCCUGAAUACAUCGAAGUUGAGACUAUUCGUUCGACCUUGGCACCCCUCGCAAUCCCCUCUCUUGGGUCUCUCCACCUGAUUGUCGGCAAGAUUGUUGGUACUGAGCAGACUGUUCUUGCCUUCUCUGAGACUCUGCAAUCCAAGGUCUCGCUGCCCAAAGACCUGACUCUCUCCGUGGAUGUCUCACUUGACCAUGCCCAAGAGCUGCUAGUCUCUGUUGCCAGCUAUCUACUCGGUGACUACCUCCUGUCCCACUCAGCUAAGGGCAAGUCUCUUAUGGUCCAUGAGCCUACCCCCGCCCUUGCCGCCGCUCUGAAGGAUCUGGCCAGUGAACGCAAUACUCCCCUCAGCCUGACCACAUCUUCCCCAUCCGAUGAGCUGCAGUACAUUCACCCUCGUGCCCAUCGACGCACUAUCAUGGGUGCAUUCCCCGCCAAGCUGUCCGCUUAUGCCAACUUCCCCAGUGCCCACGACUCUUCCAAGUCGGGCGAGCACAUCGAAAAGUACCUUCCUUCUUAUGUCAAGCGAGUUUCUGCCAACUCCUUCCUGGGUGAGCUGGCUUACCUGCAGCCACAGGCUAAGCCCGAGGCCGCCAUCGAGCUGCUGCAGAAGGGACAGGCUUUCUUCGAGGCUCACCCUGAUCUCGACACCAACGAGCGUGUGCAACAGGUCAGCUUGGAUGAGGCUCCCGGCUUUGAGCGCGAUAUGGCAAACGCCACUCUAGAGGUGGUCAACUUCACUGGUCAGUCGGUCGCAUUCGGGGCCCUUUGCCCUCCUGAGGAUGAUGUUCAGUUCCGCUCUGACAAGACCUACUGGCUUGCGGGUCUCACUGGAGAGCUUGGUCUUUCCCUUACCCGCUGGAUGGUUGAGCGUGGUGCUCGCUACAUUGUUUUAACUUCUCGCAAGCCUAAGGUUAGCGAAAAGUGGAUCGAUUCGGUGCAAUCCACUGGUGCUGUUGUUAAGUGUCUGCCCAUGGACAUCACCAACGCUGAGUCGGUCAUGAAGACCUACGCACACAUCACCUCGGAGUUCCCUCCCAUCGCUGGUGUCUGCAAUGGCGCUAUGGUGCUCAAUGAUGGUGUUCUUGCCAACCAGUCCUUCGAGGACUUCAAUGCCACCUUGACUCCCAAGGUCACGGGUACUCAGUACCUCGACUCCCUCUUCCAGAAGCCCGACCUUGACUUUUUCAUCAUUUUCUCUUCGCUCUCUUUCAUGACCGGUAACAUCGGCCAGUCCAGCUACGCCGCUGCCAACUCCUUCAUGGUCAGUGUCGCCGAGGCUCGUCGCAAGAAGGGUCUCGCCGGUUCCGUCAUGAACUUGGCCGGUAUCUUCGGUAUUGGAUACAUCACCCGCCGCGAUGUCAAGCUUCUGGAUCACCUUGCCAAGAUGGGUUACGAGAACAUCUCCGAGUGGGACUACCUCCAGUUCUUCGCUGAGGCUGUGAAGGCCGGUCGGCCCGAGACCGCCGCCCAAUACCCGACCUGGGAGAUCCACUCCGCCAUCAAGCCCGUUGACUCUGACGCCAAGAACCCCCUCCCUGGCUGGAGUGCCUCUCAGGAAGGUGAGGGUGGUGCAGUCUCCGUCCGCGAUCAGCUCAAGGACCAGACUACCAUGGAGGGUGUCAACAAGGCUCUCCUCGCUGGCUUCGUGGCUGUUCUCUACAAGCUUCUGGGUAUGCGCCCCGAGGAUGGUGCCAUCUCCCCCAGCACUCCUCUGAUCGAGCUGGGUAUUGAUUCCCUGGUUGCUGUUGACAUGCGAGUCUGGUUCUCGCGCGAGCUGGAUCUCGACCUGCCAGUCUUAAAGUUGCUUGGUGGUGCUACUGUUGAGGAUAUGGUUGAGGAUGCUGUCUCAAGAUUGUCUCCAGAGUUGAUCCCUAAUGUUCAAGAGGCUCAGACAUCGACUGAAAGUGCGGAGGGUGAGAGCAAGGAAGAGGAUGUUGCGGAUUCGGAUUCCCAGAGCAGUGGUGAAGUUGCCACUUCUACAGAGACCACGCCUCCAGCAAGUGAGGCUGGCUAUGACGAUUCUAAGAACCAAUAG